GUCAUGAGAAGCAGAGAAUAGCGACUGCAUAUAUGUUGUACUCAUAUUUCUUGUAUAAGGCAGUUUUGAAAUUGUGCAGGUCUGGGUAGAGAUCACAAAAUGGGAGCUUUUACAAAAAUCAUAUUGGCUAGUCUAUGUGUGGCUUUCCUAGCUGUCAAGUGGACUGCACCCAAUUUUGACGCAGAGUCUCUUAGAGGUGCCAGAGUGCUGGUGACGGGGGCCAGUACGGGUAUUGGUGAACAAAUGGCAUAUCACUAUGCCCGCUUUGGAGCCCAGAUAGUAAUUACAGCCAGAAGGGAGAAAGUGUUACAGCAGGUUGCAGAGAAGUGUCUGAGUUUGGGAGCCCAGAAGGCUCUCUACAUAGCCGCAGACAUGUCCAAUGAGUCAGACCCUGACAAAGCUGUAGAUUUUGCUCUGGAAAAGCUUGGAGGGUUGGAUUAUCUGGUUCUCAACCACAUCGGCCCGAGCCCCUUCAGCAUGUGGGAGGGAGAUGUGGAGCACACCAAGUGGCUGAUGAAGGUCAAUUUCUUCAGCUACAUUCAGAUGACCUGGAAAGCUCUGGCUGCCCUUGAGCAAAGCAAAGGAUCACUGGUGGUUGUUUCAUCACUUUUAGGUAAAAUGCCCAGUCCCUUCGUAGCACCAUAUACCUCAACAAAAUUUGCCUUGAAUGGUUUCUUCGGGGCCCUCGGACACGAACUGGCGAUGAAGAAGAGCAAUGUGUCCAUCUCUAUAUGUACACUGGGGCUCAUUGAUACUGAUUCAGCUAUGGAAAAAGUCAGGGGAGUCACCAGCGUACCAGCCUACCCUGCCUCAGACGCAGCCUUGAACAUCAUCAAAACAGGAGCUACGAGACAGCCGGAGCUCUUCUACCCUUGGUUCACCCACAUUGUGACUCUGACUAAAGACUGGAUCCCUUCCAUGACAAACUAUGUCAUCCAGAAGUCCUACAAAUACAGCCCAUGAAAAACUUCUACAAUUGAUAUAUUCCACUACCUAGAUUUAGCCUUAAAUUUCUAGCAUAUCCAGACUUCUAGUGGCAAUGUUUCACUUUCCAGUUGGAAAAUAAUUUUACUAACAGCUAAAUGGAUCCGGUUACAAUAUUGUUACAAUAAAACAGACUACACCA